ACUUCUACGUUUGCCCAAAAAGAAAAAAAAAAAAAAGAAAAAAAAAAAAAGAAACCCUAACUGCAACACAACGUUCCCAUUUGCAUGUCCAUUUUUCACAAAGACAAAACGAAAAAACAAACACCUUCAAAGCUCAUCGAAACCCUAACUUCCGGUCAAAAAUUCCCAGUUUGACCUCGAAAACCCUCACAGGCAAAAUGCUCCCUCACGCCCCCAUCGGCGAUUGAAAUUCCUAUCCCUUAACCUCUUCCAUUUUGCGGCCAUGUCGUCGGGCCAAGGCGAAUCCGGUGGCCGCCAGGAAGGUCAGUUACCGGCGUCCGGAAGCGUUGUCACCGGAGGUGGGAAUGGAGUCGUCUUCUCCGGGGAGUCGAUCCGACCGGCGGUUGUCUCGCUGUCGAACCAGAGGCUGAGGUUGAACCCGAACAAGGAGCACAAGCCCGACACCUACGAUGACCUGCAAUUGGAUUUCAGUCCGUCGAUUUUCAGCUCGCUGGAGAGGUAUUUGCCUCCGAGCAUGCUCGGCAUGCCGAGAGACGACAAGGUCAAGUUCAUGAGAGAGAUUUUGCUCAAGUACCUGCCGCAUGGGGAGCGUAACAGAGUUCAGAAACAUAGGGAAUACAGACAGAAGAUAAUAUCAAGUUAUCAGCCUUUACAUAGAGAAUUGUAUACUAUGCACCCUGCAACCACCUUUGUUCCAUCGUUUCUGAAAGCAAUCAGUGAUAAUACCGAGGAAAGCUUUAGAAGUAUCAUGUCUGAACCCUCUCCAGGAGUGUUCACAUUUGAGAUGCUUCAGCCUCGCUUCUGUGAAUUACUGCUAGCAGAGGUGGAGAAUUUUGAAAAAUGGGUUAAUGAUGCAAAGUUCCGAAUCAUGCGACCAAAUACAAUGAACAGAUAUGGUGCUGUCCUUGAUGAUUUUGGCCUUGAAACUAUGCUUGACAAGUUUAUGGAGGGUUUUAUUCGCCCUAUAUCAAGAGUUUUCUUCUCAGAAGUUGGUGGAUCAACUCUAGAUUCUCAUCAUGGUUUCAUUGUUGAAUAUGGUAACAAUAGGGAUGUUGACUUGGGUUUCCAUGUUGAUGAUUCAGAAGUAACUUUGAAUGUGUGCUUGGGUAAGCAAUUUUCUGGAGGAGAGUUGUUUUUUCGGGGCACUCGAUGCGAUAAGCAUGUAAACACAGGAACUCAGUCUGAGGAGACAUUUGACUAUUCCCAUGUCCCUGGACAAGCUGUGCUUCACCGUGGUCGACACCGUCAUGGUGCUAGAGCGACAACAUCAGGUCAUCGCAUAAACCUACUUUUAUGGUGCAGAAGUUCGGUCUUCAGAGAGAUGAAGAAGUACCAAAAAGAUUUCUCUGGUUGGUGUGGGGAAUGCCAGCGUGAAAAGAAAGAGAGGCAGCGCACCUCAAUAGCUGCUACCAAAUUGGAGUUGCUCAAGAAGGAAGGCGAGUCCACAACAUGAUCUGUUUCAGUUUUCAUUAGCAGGAUUGUAAGAUUAAUUUAUCCGGAAUCUUAGUCCAAGAAGUCUGCUUAUAUGCCAUGUACUGUGAGAUGCUUCUUUGUACAUUAAUUAUGCCUAGGCACUGGGAUAAACUCUUCUAGCUUUCCAUGUAAUAAUAUACAUGAAAUUUUGUAAAGAAAAUUAUCAAAACCCAAAAAAAAAAAAAAAAAAAAAAAAGGAAAACAGAAAAAAAGAAAAAAAGAAAAAAUCAUUGUUGGGUUAUUGAGUCUGUAAUUAUUGGGGCUAUGAGUAUGUACGUAGGUGAAGUUAAGGGUGUCAAAAACCAAAAUACAAUUAGGCAAAUGAUUUUUUUUUUUUUUUCCCUCACUGUUUUGAUAUAAUCUUCUAUCACAAUUACUUUGUUGUAGCCUUGUAGGUACAUGAAAAUUUCCUCUCCAGCUUCGUGGUAUUGGGAUUAGGAUAUAAAUAAUAUGAUGCCACAUGGAUUGAAUAAAUUUGAACCAUUGGAUUAUUUUA